AUGGGGACCAAACGUAAGGCCAAGCCUGCUGUGGACUUUAAAAAGACCAAGCCUAAGCUUGGGAAGGGAAAACAACCAGCAAGCAAUGCUACAGACACUUCCUUCAAGGCAAAGGCUAUUGCCAUGCCUCAGCAGUCUAUCAUGCUCGAUCGGUCCCAAACAGCCACCACGCGAAGACGCCAGACCUUAAACGAUCUCAUCCAGCAAACUCAUCAUCCUUCAUCUGGCGCCCGCAAAGAUGCGGUGAUGGGCAUGCUGGAACUUGUCACCACAUACCAAGGAUUUUUAGAGCAGAAUACCACCUCCCUUAUCAAUACGGCGUUGCCACUUAUCGGAGACGAUGACGUCCAUGUCCGGGCGGCCAUCGCCCGCUAUUUUACCAAUCUCCUUGCAUCCAUUCCUGAUGAUACAUUUGCACCUUAUGCAUCUUCUAUGCUUCUCAUGACCUCGUCCGCCAUGUCUCAUAUCUCGAUGUUUGUUCGGAUCGACGCAUUGCAAAUCCUCUCCCUCCUGUUGGACAAAGUGCCGUCCAUUGCCACACAAGACUGGGAGUCUGCGCUUGAUGCCAAACAUUCAUCCGACAGUCAUGGUCAGCGCAUUCUUCAGGCCUUUUUCGCUAUGCUUGGUGUAGCUGCUGGUGCGCAGCGAGCUCGCUCCGGCCUAGUCGCCACUUCCCUGUCGACCACUUCGGUCAAUUUAAGUGCCAGUCAGCGCCUUACGGUGCUUCGAUCCUUGUACAAGUUUCUUUGUCAAGCAAUGCGUGAUUCUCAAUCACACGGAAUGCCGUUGUGGUGCUUCCAGUCUGCCUUUGCUUCUCCCAGCGAUCUGGAGCAGUUUGAGCAACUCUUUCAUCAUUCCAGUCUUGAGGCCCAUCCAUGGACCAUCGCUCAUGUCCCGGGUGCAUCGACGCAUGUCGUAUUUGAAAAUCUUAUGUCGGCUGCGCGAGUUGAUCAAUCUGUCGACGCAGCGCCCGAGAGCAUACAUGAACGUUUGGCUCAUGUCCUUCAUGCUUCUCUAUUGUCAACACUUCUCGACUCUUUACCGGCAGCUCUAGCUCCCGACGGUAGCUCUUCCGAUGUACAUGCUGACCUCGUCAUGCACCUUCUUCGUAUCUACUUGCUUCUUUGGCGCAGAAUCAUCACACUGCACAUCAAGACUCGCGCCACACAAGGAACGAACGACGUGCCUAUCAAGUCUAUCACCCAACUUGAGCAACUUCUUGCUCAUCUUGGCCCUUAUUUUACAGGCUCAAUCGAUGGUCCACACGUCCGCUUGGAACUUCACGUUAUCUAUUGUGAACUCGUGUCUCUUUGUACAAUGGCUGCACAUGAACGCGCGCCCUCCAAGCAUCUUCCCUCCGUUCUUGCAUUCCUCCAAACGCUUCUCACGCAGAAUCACGCUGCUCUCACACACAACUUGUACCAAGCGCUCUUGCCAACGUUCUGGCUCGUGCUUUCAACACCUAUCGACGGAAAUGUUGACAUUCUCUUUGCUCUUCUUGCUCACUUCGACACUGUACAAAAUCGGGCACUCCAUAUGGUUGCCUUCCAUUUCCUCGCAAGAAUCGCCAUGCUGCCGACGUUCCGAUCUCUUCAAGUUCAAGUGCUGCCUCUCUAUACCCCAUCCUUACGUGCAGCUUGGCACACUUGGAUCUUGUCUCUCCCCCGCCUUCUCUGGCAGAGCGCCACUUACGCGGUAUCCUCGCGUACAUCAUCAUCGUCCGAGGAAGAAGCCCGUGCUGCGCUCACAUUGGCUCAGCACAUCCUCGAAUUCCUUCACUGCACUCUGUUGCCAGCGCGGCACCCGCUUUUUGAGCACGAGGCUCUGGUCACAGAACUUGCCCCGCGCGUCGCUCCUCUAUUUCAUGUUCACCAUCCGAAGCGUGGCAUUGUACCAGGUCCAUAUCGAAAGCUGCCUGUUCCUACACAGCGCAUGGCCGAAGCAGUCGUUCAGCUUAUCCCGAUUUCUCCCCUUAGGUAG